AUGGCUCGCCGAAGUCAUCGAAACGUCAAUUCACCCACGAACGAAUCUCAACCAUAUCAACAACAAGAUCGUAAGAGAAGGCAAGAUAUAAAUCACAAUCACCAUAGUCAACAACAGACAAAAUGGAAAGAUAAUAACACACGUGGACGGCGACGGGAACGCGAUGAUGUGCAGAGCGAGAAUACAAGAAAACAACGAAAUGAAACCAAAACAACUGGUCGUUUUUCUCAUCGCCACGGUGCAGCAACAAUACCAACAACAACAACAGCGGCGAGAGGAACAGAUCGUUAUCCAUCUGGAAAUGCAACUCCAUCCAAACAACAACAACAACAACAACAAAAGGUAUCGUCUCGGGCAUCGUUUGCUGCAUUUGAGCGUUUAGUUAAAAUACAUUUGACUAUGCGGAAUAAUUGCGAGUCUCUACAACAAGAACAACAAAUUCUGCAUGGCUUCUCUACAGUUUGUGGAGAGGCUCUAUUGCAGUUAGAAUUACCACUGCGCCGUGGGAAACAAUUGGACACGGGUGAAAAAGAAAAAGAAAAAGAAAUAAUAGUGGAAGUACGUGAGAGAUCUACAGAUGAGAGUGAAGGCGGUGGUGUGGAGGAAAUGCCUGCACUCUUAUUAGCAGCCGAUAGUUUACUGUAUGCAAACCCCAUCACAUUUCCCCCAUUACCCCUCGAGGCGUUAAUAAAGAGCAGCACUUUGCAUAGACCAAAUACACAUGAUGGAAGUGAGGAUUUGCUCUUGGCGGAAAUGGAAUCCCCGGAAGUUUCACAGAAAGAAUCAACCAUAAAAGGAGAAGAAAAAGAAGGAAAAAGAAUAAAAAGAGGAGGAGUUAAGGAUACGGAUGAUGUGGAUGCUACUAGUACAUUGUGGGAUUGUAGUACACCUGGUCUGGAGAGUGUUAUUGCAGCUUUACAGCGUGUGCCUCUUGCAGAGAUUGUACAGUUGAUGGAAACCCUUGCGUACUUUAAAUGGGUAAAGGAUGAGAAAUUUCUACUGCGGAAGUUAGGGGAAUCUGCAUUAGAGGAAUUGCGUAGUGAAGUGGUAGCACUUCAAAGUAUCCAUGGAGAAAAGGGAACAGAAGAAGGAUCUUAUUAUUCUCAUAAUCACAAUAACGUUAGUCAUGAGAAGAUGACUAAUAAUAAUAAUAAUAAUAAUAAUAAUAAUAAUAAUAAUAAUAAUAAUAAAACGACAAGUAGCACAGUUAAUGUCAAGAGGAGUGAAAAGCUCGAUAGUAUGGUCAAGAAAUUUCUUGAUUGUAUUCCCCGUGUGGAUCGUGUGGAAAUGUUAUCAACAUCAUCAUCAUCAACAGCAACAAAUUCGUCUUCCUCGCAAUUAGAACCCCAUGUACAUGUUAUUGAUCUCAUGUUAAAUCUAUUAAUGCGUGUGUGUCUCUCUGUUUGGCCUAAAAUAUCAUUUGGUGAUCAGACGGCUCUUGUGCUUAUCUGCAGUUGUCCCUGGUUUACUCAGAGUCUAGCCGUAGAGGCGGCAACAUGGAUGACCUAUUAUCAUCUUAAAAGCCUCGCUAGUGGAGAUUCGAGUUUAAAUUACCAACGAACCUUUAUGUACAUACAACGUCUGCGUCGUCUCUGUUGGCCAACAGUGUAUGAUGUAGAUACUAGCAUUGUACGAAAGUUGUUUUUGUUAGAUAAGACCUCAUCCGAAAGUGUUAUUACAGUGGAUAAUAAUAAUAAUAAUAAUAAUAAUAAUAAUAAUGAUAAUGGAGAUACAGAUGUGAAUUCCAGUAAGAAAGAGUCUAAACAACAAAAACAAGAACAACAGAUUAAAAAGAUAGAUGAAGGUAACAAAGCAAAACACUCUUUUCCAUUUCGAGAAUUAACAUGUGUAUUAUAUGGAACUCCAGAGAAACAACAAAUGGCUUAUGAAUUACUUCUCUUAUGGUUAAUGCAGGCCAGCCCAACAGACCUUCACCGCACUUCUCCACAUAGACACUACAGUAGUGCUACCACUAUUGCCAUUGCCGAUAUAGACCGUUUCGUCACGGAACGCUUUUAUAAAGAACACGAAAAAGGUCAUUGGCUUCUAUUACGAUCGUUAGAGUGUAAUCGUGAUGCCCCUGGACUCGCGGUAGAUGCGGCGGCGGCGAUGGCGGUUGAAAAUAUCACACAAAGUGUAAAAACACCGUACUUCCUUACACGACUUUUAUUCUGUAAAUAUCAUCUUCUUAUUCCACGUGUAUGGCAAAGUAUUAGUGUAAAACGAAGGGAGUUAAUAUGGGCUUCUUGGUUACGUGGUGUGGCUGGACCGAUGGUAAAUGUGAUGCUUAUGAAUCCAGUGAAUAUAAAUGGAAAUAGUUUGCAUUUUUUAGAGUCACUCAUAGCUAUUUUAUCAUCUGAUGUUAUGUUUUUUCGAUUUAUUACUCGUCUCGUCAUUGUUUCGUUACUUGAUAUGGGAAAGAUAGAGAAUAAUCGAUCUGCAGAAGAGUUAUGUACACAAUUCAUUGAACUAGUGUACACUAGUGCCCUUAUCCUUCAUUGCAGUGCAAACAACUUGUCUGGGACUAGUGGUCUAAUAGAUGCAGAGGUAACAACAAUAACAACAACAAACGAUACGAAUGCCGUUAAUAAUAAUAAUAAUACUAAUAGUAAUACUAAUAAUACGCUACAACAAGAACAACACCAGGAGCAGAGCAUCGUUGUUGCUAUUCGACGACCUUUUAAGGCUGCCUUAAAUACUGUGAUCCAUCGACUGGGAGCUGAACAUGUACCAGUGGCUGAAUCUCUCUUAGAUGCCUUUCUCUUCCGCAUCCAUCAAUGCGAUAUGAUGGGAACAGAACCCGUGCAUUCCAUCCAACGCGAGAUUCUUCAUAUCUGCGGUGAGGACACACGUGAGGUCCUGCGCCGUUGGCUUUCCCAGCGGGCGACGAUGCGGGAGGAAGAAGAGGAAGAGGCGGAAGCGGGCGAAAAGAAAGUGGCGAUGGACUUCACCGUGCGGGGUUGGCGGCAUGCCGUGCGGGCAGCGGAGGCGGGGCUGCCAACAACACUGCCGGGAUUGGUGGAAUGUGCACGGGGAGUGUUGAUACUCCUCCGAAGGCGUGGACACCCAUUCUUUCCUCCACAACAACAAGAGAAGGAGAAGGAGGAAGAAAAGGAAAUGGGAAAAGAAGGGGUAUUUAGUGUGAGUGAACUGCGGGUGAUUCUGACCGUCUUGUCUCGGGCGAUGAUUUCACGUGUUUCAUCGUUAAGAGUUGGGGGAUCAACGAGUCUUUCCCAGGAAAUAAUAUCUCUCACCACAUCCUCGUAUGGAGGUGAGAAUGGGGAGAACAGCCAUAAUAAUAAUAAUAAUAAUAAUAAUAAUAAUAAUAAUAAUAAUAAUAAUAAUAAUAAUAAUAGUAAUAAUAAGCAUACGGAAGGACAAACAGCUGUAGUGAUAACGAAUCCCAGUAGUUCAGAACGUGCGCUUCUUCUAGAGAAGGCCCUUUCUGCAGAAGUUGUUUCUAAAGCGAAUGAACUUCCUUGGACAUCUCUUCUUGAGGCCAUUGAAUUACAUCUGGUUCCAUACAAUAUAUUAACAAUUCCUUAUAAUGCCUUACAUGAAAGUAGAGCUGCGGGUAAUGCCAAAUUCCAUGCUAUGCUGCACAGAAUGGAAAAAGAUAUUCAAACACGACGUCAUUAUCGUCUUGUGGGAAAUCUUGUGUUUUAUCGUUGCUAUGCCUUUGCCAUUCCCAACGAUAGUGGAUGGGCAGAAACUGCACGAGAAACGUACACUCAUACACAAGUAGGGAAAAAAGAAAAGGAAGAAAAAAGGAAAAUAAUGAUAGAUAAGGAAAAAACGAUUAAUGAAUCUGAAUAUUCAAAAGGUAACAGUCCAUCUACAUCCCAUAAGGAUGAACGAGAAUUACAAGAUAUAACAUGGCUUCUCUUAAAGGCUUUGGUUCGAGGUGAAAUGGGACAAGCAAAGAAACAGAAUAAGAAUAAGAAGAAAACGGCAACAACAGAAAAAAAAGAAGAGGGAGAGGGUGGAGAAGGAGGAGAACAAGUAACCCCAUCAUCAUCAUCAUCAACAACAACAACUACUACUACUACUACUACUACUACUACUAGUAGUACUACGGAUAACAAUAGUGAUAUUGAGAAUGUAAAAGAAAUGCAAAUGGAACGUAUUCUCGGUUGUCAUGCUCUGAUGGCGUACAUGCGACUGGCCCAACCAAACACAUCUUCCCCUGCAUUGCGUGAAGUAUAUGAGGAAUUCCUCCAACGCGCUACACCCACCGCAGCACAACUCGCCGGUCCACACACCGAUAGUGAUAUGGUUUUCUUAUGGCUCGCCGCAGCAGCCACACUUAUGGGUGUGCGAUUUAAUCCACCGAGAUCCUACACGUGGCCAACAACAGGCACAAUAACAAAUAUGCAGGAUUACAACGGUUCAACAGAGUCUCUAUCGUUAGAGGAACGAACAAUGCGUGUGGUGACGUCCCUCGCACCAUGUGUACAAAGUGAGUUACAACAACGCUCUAAUCCACGAUUAAAAUUUCUUGUUAAUGUUAUUGUAGCUAUGCAAGUAUUUGGAAGUCUGGGUCUUUUUAUGGAUGCUGGUAGUCUUAGUGUUGAUCAAUUGCUACUACGUGCGAGUUCUGAACGUCGAUUAUUACACCGUCAUCUCAAUCUCUUUCUUGUUGGUUGUUCUGUACUCCCCAGUACUCGGCAUGCUUUACUGAAUACCGCUUCAUUUCUGCGAGAAGCACGUAAUAUUCUUACACCAGCAGAGAUUGAACGAUCUUUUAUUGCGAUUGCGUUAUCCGCAGAUGCUUUUGCUAAACAUCAUGAGGUACAGGCGGAUAUACAACAACAGCAACAACAACAACAACAAGGAAGUAUGUUUGAUCUUGCUCACUCUACGGCUCCUACAUUACGAGUUACUCCAACACAAUUACGGCAUGCUUGGAGUGCUUUAACUCGCCGAAUGUUGGAGUCUGUGAAUGAGAUUCCUACACCAGUAUUUGUAAAGGGAAUUCAUUGUGCUGGGGCUGUAGCCUGUGUAGAUACAGUUGUAUUUCAACAACUUUUAUCAUUUAUAGUGGAAUUUCGACAAAAGGAACUUUCACUUAUGGAUUGGACUGUAAUUCUUCGAACAGCGCGAAAAUCAUUUGAAAAUCAAAGAGUAUUUGAGGAAUACCUUCGAGAACCUUUACAAACCCUUUUACAGGAAAUGGAAAAGCAAAUCGUUAAUCCUCGUUUAUUUGUACAAGAAUAUCCACAAGUUGAACUCAAUAGUGAACAACAACUUGAAAGACUUUGUCUCUUUAUAGAAGCAUUACCGGAGAUGUUUGUGGGGGAUGCCGAAUUCUGGGAAUUAUUACGUCGGGCUCUUAGAGCUCAGUGGAUGAUGUGGUCUAACUCUUCCUCUCUUUCCAAGGAGUCCAAACAACAACAACAACAACAACAGCCCUCAAAGGUGUGGUUGGAAGAAAUUACGAGAAGUUAUGCAUGGGCAGUACGUACUGCUGGACAUCAUGAUUUGAAAGAUCCCUCUAUUUUAUGA